AUGAGCGGCGGCGGCGGCGGAGGGGGAGCCAGGGGACCGUCGGGGCCCGUGCCGGUGUCCGCGAGGAAGCUCGUGCAGGGGCUCAAGGAGAUCGUGAACCGUCCCGACGCGGAGAUCUACGCGGCGCUGCGGGAGUGCGACAUGGACCCCGACGAGGCGGUCUUUGGUUUGAGAGUUUUUGGAAUUGUUUGCAGUGUGAAAUUCAGUACUGUUUUCAGUGCUUGCUUGUGA